CCCUUAGGGGACAGCCUCCCUCAUCAUUCAGAGCUCUCACCUUGGACCAGUAACUCACUCUUGGAAGAGGAUCAAGUCUUAAGUGAGAAGAGUGGCAACAGAAACAUGCGUCUAGAGAACAGAGAAGGCAGGCCGACCUCUGGCGUGCUGGAGAUGGAGCUCCCUCAGGCGUCUGCCCCCAGCCGUGCUGGCCUAGGAAGUCUGGGGCUGGUGGGACUCGACAGCAGCAACCACAGACCACAGCAGGGAGGCAGCAAGGCAGGCUCCCGGGGCCCCUACCUCAGUGGGGCUGCUGGGCAGAGCUGCUGGGUUCCUAUGGACCAGGAUUUUGGCCCAUUCCUCACGGAGCGGAGGUCUCACUGUCCUUUCCCCAAGCAUUUCAGCUCCAGGUCCAAAGACCCCUGCUUUACGGAAAACACUCCUUUGCUUGGAAGUUUCUCCCAAGAGGAAGGGUCACGGUGCAUGCCUGUUUACCGUCCAGAGUUCAUCACUGCUGAUGAACCUUGGGAGAACAGCUCAGCUGAGUGGGAGGGAGGAGCCCUGCUGAGCACAGAGUUGGCAGUUUCUUCUGGAUCUGCCUCCACAGAGAAGGGGGAGCUUCUGGACAGCGCUCACAUCAGGUGCCAUCUUUCCAAGCUAAGGUGCUGUGUGCAAUGGCUGAAAGUCUCAGGCUUGUUUGUCUUUGUGGUGCUGUGCUCUAUUUUAUUUAGCCUGUAUCCAGAUCAAGGAAAGUUCUGGCAGUUGUUGGCUGUGUCACCGCUGGAAAGCUAUUCUGUGAACCUCAGCAGCCAUGCAGACUCCAUGCUGCUCCAGGUGGACCUGGCAGGGGCCCUGGUGGCCAGCGGUCCAAGUCAUCUCGGGAAAGAAGAGCAUGUGGCCGUGGAGGUGACCCAGGCUAACGCUCCAGGAUCCAGGCGGCGGCGGCCACAGCAGGUCACUCAUAACUGGACGAUAUUUUUAAAUCCAAGUGGAGGCGAGCACACGGUGAUGAGCAGGACCUUUGAGGUUCUGAGCAGAGAGCCUGUUUCCAUCAACAUUCGAGCCUCCCUCCAGCAGACCCAGAUUGUUCCUCUUUUGAUGGCUCAUCAGUACCUCCGUGCAAGCAUUGAAGCACAAGUGACCAUUGCUGCGGUCAUCCUUGCUGGGGUCUAUGUGCUGAUUAUAUUUGAGAUCGUUCAUAGAACACUGGCGGCUAUGUUGGGUUCCCUUGCAGCAUUAGCAGCACUGGCUGUGAUUGGUGACAGACCUACCCUGACCCAGGUGGUGGAGUGGAUUGAUUUUGAGACCCUGGCCCUGCUGUUUGGCAUGAUGAUCUUAGUAGCCAUAUUUUCAGAAACUGGAUUUUUUGAUUACUGUGCUGUAAAGGCAUACCAACUGUCCCGGGGAAGAGUGUGGGCCAUGAUCAUCAUGCUGUGUCUCAUUGCUGCUGUCCUUUCUGCCUUCCUGGACAACGUUACCACGGCACUCCUCUUCACUCCUGUGACCAUAAGAUUGUGUGAGGUGCUCAACCUCGAUCCAAGACAAGUCCUGAUUGCAGAGGUGAUCUUCACAAAUAUUGGAGGAGCUGCCACUGCCAUUGGGGACCCGCCAAAUGUCAUUAUUGUUUCCAACCAGGAAUUGAGGAAGAUGGGCCUGGACUUCGCUGGCUUCACCGCCCACAUGUUUGCUGGGAUUUGCUUUGUUCUCUUGUUCUCCUUUCCACUCCUCAGACUCCUUUACUGGAACAGAAAGCUUUAUAACAAGGAACCCAGUGAGAUUGUUGAACUGAAGCACGAGAUCCACGUCUGGCGCUUGACUGCACAGCGCAUCAGCCCAGCCAGCCGCGAGGAGACAGCGGUUCGAGGCCUGCUCCUGGAAAAGGUGCUGUCACUGGAGCGCCUGCUGGCCCGAAGGCUGCACAGCUUCCACAGACAGAUCUCCCAGGAAGAUAAAAAUUGGGAGACCAAUAUCCAGGAGCUACAGAAAAAGCACAGGAUAUCAGACAGGACUCUGCUCACCAAAUGCGUGACUGUACUGGGAUUGGUCAUCUUCAUGUUCUUUCUCAAUUCCUUUGUCCCUGGUGUUCAUCUUGAUCUCGGGUGGAUUGCUAUUCUGGGUGCCAUCUGGCUGCUAAUUUUAGCUGAUAUUCAUGAUUUUGAGAUAAUUCUACACCGAGUAGAAUGGGCGACCCUUCUGUUCUUUGCAGCACUCUUUAUUCUGAUGGAGGCAUUGGCACAUCUCCACUUAAUAGAGUAUGUCGGAGAGCAGACUGCUUUGCUAAUAAAGAUGGUCCCAGAAGAUCAGCGCCUAGCAGCUGCCAUCAUCGUAGUAGUCUGGGUGUCGGCCAUUGCCUCGUCCUUGAUUGACAACAUCCCAUUCACUGCCACCAUGAUUCCUGUGCUCCUGAACUUAAGCAGAGAUCCUGAGAUCAGCCUGCCUGCACCACCGCUCAUGUACGCCCUGGCCCUCGGCGCCUGCCUGGGAGGUAACGGGACACUGAUUGGAGCAUCAGCCAAUGUUGUUUGUGCAGGAAUUGCAGAGCAGCAUGGAUAUGGAUUCUCUUUCAUGGAAUUUUUCAGACUGGGCUUCCCAAUGAUGAUUGUCUCCUGUAUGGUUGGGAUGUGUUACCUCCUUGUUGCUCACGUCGUGAUGGGAUGGAAUUAAUAGGUAUACAGUGUGUGAAGACUGAAGGACACUUGAGCCAUCACCACCAUCAGUAGAAAACUACCCCAAGACAUUCUUUGGAGAAGAAAAGGUGCUUAUUAUGGAGGAGCUCUGGAAUGGAGACCUUUGCUACCACUCUCUUAUGUGGGUGAAAGCUAGCAAAUUGUGGGAAAUGCAAGAUAGCCAAGAUUCUAAAAUAGGAAAAUAUGUAUAUUUCAAAAUACAUCUUGCUAUAUACUCUGUAGGAAAAGACACAAAUGUAAUAAUCCAUUCCAAAUGGUUUGUUUUGUUUAAAUGUCACUUCUCCUGAGGCUGUCAAUAGUUUUUCUUCAUGUAAUCACUCUUUAUGUUAAAAAAUGAGUAUUCAUAUUGUAUGCCCUCUGAAUACAUACUCUUCUUGGAAAAGGCAUACAGUUGGUAAGGAAACAUUAUAUAUAUUAAAAAAUGUAUUGUCCCUUGACCAAAGAUCUUAGAAUUUGUUAGUUUCUUAGAUUUUUUUAGUAGUUUACAUUAUAUAAAAUUGCAUUCUAUCCACUUGUGUUUUUCUCUGGCAUUUUUAAGUCAUUAAAAGUCCAGAAAUUUGAUUUG